UUUAGCGCUGAUGCGCCGCCGCUGCCACCUGGGCAGCCGCCCAGCGCAGCCGCUGUGCCGCCGCUGCCGCCAGGGCGGCCGCCGGGCGGGCCAGCCGAUGGCAGCGUAGCGCCACUGCCGUCUGGGGCACAGUUGGGUAGCGCGGGGCUGCCGCCCACGCCUGGCGGGCGACCGCCGCUGCCACCCGGGGCGCCGCCGGCGGGCACCGUGCCGCUGCAGCUGCUGGCAGAGGGCUACUGCACACGUAAGGCAGACCUGAAGACAAAAGGGAGCACGAAGCACGUUGUGAUACCCGACCUCGCCAAGGUCGCCGCGGCCUUGAAGGUGAAGACGCCACCGUUGAGCUCCCCGUGCGCGCUGUACUCCGUCUGGGAGGGGAACCCGAUGGCCGCGGAGCACUGCGCGAAGGGCUUGCACACGAAGGUGCUCGGCCGGCUGGCCAAGCUGGAGGGGCCGAGCUGCAGCACUGGGGACAUCAGGCGCGCGCUGAGCGGAAGCCUCUGCGACCUGAACGGCGAGCUGAUUCAGAGCCAGCCGGGCCUCGAGGGCUGCGGCGCGGCCGUGGCCCUCGUGGCGGGCAGGACGGUGUUCCUGGCCGUGGCGGGCCAGAGCGGUGCCACGCUGUGCGGCCAGGACCCCAGGGCCAGCGCCGAGGCCAGCGCCGCGGCCUCCAGGGAGGGCGCGAAGCGCAAGUGGACCGGGUCGCAGGUGCGCGCCCUCAACCCGGAGGCCGUCGCCGCCGCGGCCAGGCGCGCCAGCGGCCUCCCGGAGCCCGCUCCCGUGGCCGGCGCGCGGCCGGCGAGGGCGGCCAGCAUACAGCGGCUGCAGGCGAAGAAUCCCACCCGGCGCUUGGGCAGCUCGGCGGCCUCCGCGGGCCUCUUUGGCGGCAAGAAGGCCGGGGCGCUGGACCCCACGGCGGUGAAGAACGCGCAGAGCGUGGCGGUGGACAAGGGCGCAGGCGGCCUCUUCACAGCCGACGACAUGCGCGUCGAGGUCGUGGCGCUGUCCGCCGACGACCACGCGUUGCUGCUGCUCGGCAACGAGGCCCUGUACCGGGGCAGCCAGCCGCUGGAGCUGGCGCUGGCGGCCUCCGCCCACGCGCGCGACCCGGCGGCCGCGAGCGCCGCGGCGGCCAAGCUGGCGCACGGCCACCUGGUGCACAAGGCGUCGGACGACGCGACGUGGGUGCAGAACGAGCGGUCCCACGGCAACGAGGUGGUCUGCGUGUCCGUCACCAUGGUGUGGAACGAGCCCCCGCUGCCCGGCCCGAGGCCCGCGCCGGCAGCGGCGAAGGUGCCCGAGCACUUGCGGCCCUCGGUGGCCGCGCCCGCCAAGCGCGAGCUGACGGCGGAGCUUGGCCCGGAGGAGGCCGCCAUGAAGGCGACCAUGAGCGCCUUCUACGCCGAGCAGGCCAAAAGGCAGAAGCUCGAUCGCGGCAAGCGGGACGAGCCGACCGCCAUCGGCCCUCUCACCGCCGAGGGGAGUGGCGCGACGCAGCUGAAGCAUGUCGGCGAGGGAAAGAUUUUCGGGAUGGCGGACCUGGACGGCACGUCCCAGUGGCGCGUCCGCAUGGCCAAGGCCACGCACAUGCGAGGAGGCGACGACGACGAGAUUCAGAGGGGCGGCGACAAGGGCGGCAAGGGCGGCAAGGGCAAGGGCAAGGGCAAGAAGGGCAAGGGCAAGAAGGGCAAGGGCAAGGGCAAGAAGGGCAAGGCCAAGGGCAAGGGCGGCGAUUCAGACGACGAAGGCAUGUGCGACGCCGGCGACGAGGCCGAGGAGGGCGACUUCGAGGGCGGCGGCGAGGACCCCGCCUCUCCACCGCGCGCGGGCGCCGGUGGGAGGUGUCUUCCGAGCUCCGUCGUCGUCGGGAUGCUGGGAUCGACUUUUUGCGGAGAGCGCGCUGAUGCUGGCCUUAAAUCGGGCGUGUCCCUCUACAGGAGGAAUGUUCAGAACCAGUCCC